AUGCCUUAUGAUCUUAAGCGCUUAUUUAUUGAAAAUGAUGAGGAAAGUGCUCAUUUCAGAAACAAUGUUCGGUCCUAUAAUAACAACUUGGGAUUCACAUUCGUUGCUGCAAAAUAUGAUCCAGAACUGACCAAGAACAUGAAAAGUGUUUAUAUUUUUCGUGUUCAAGAAUUAGCAAAAAGGAUUGAAAGUUCUGAUAAGUUGCGUGAAAGCACUUUAAGAUUACUUAUGCGCAUCCUUUCAAACAAUCCUUAUGCUAAAUUCUUUAAGAAUCUCAGAAAUGUCCCAAACAUUGAUACCUAUAGAAUUGUUUUGAAUUGUUAUCCUGGUUUGGACCAGCGUGUCUAUAAUCUGCCUACGGCCUCUCAAGUUGCUGCCAUAUGGACUGAGGAUGAUGGUGAAUCGGCAGAUAGAAAUAUUCAUAUUCAAGUUUAUACCUACUCAAAUACCAGCCAUAGAAUUAAGCAUUACUAUGGCUGCUAUGAUCCUUUGCAGUACCCUAUUCUCUUUCCUCAAGGUGAAUAUGGAUGGCACCAUGGUGUUAAAAAACUUUGCAAGAGGAAGAGAAAGGCAGAUUCUUGUGAGGAUGAUUUAAAUGUUGAUCCUUCCUCUUUUGAUGACCUUUCACAUUUACUUGAUUUGGAAGGCAGAGCCGUUGAACAUGGAAAGAACGAAGAUGACACUGUAUCAGCAAGAGAAUAUUUCAGAUCAAAAAUUCUUCAAGGGGUAUUGGAUAGUAUCUCUCUAGACCAAACUAAAGGUUCUAAAGUUGAUCGUAGGAUAAUGUUGCCUGCUUCCUUUAUAGAUGGUCCUAGAGACAUGAGAUACCGCUAUCUUGAUAUAAUGGCACUUGUACAAAAAUAUGAAAAAUCAGACAUUUCUCUUACCAUGACCUGCAAUCCAGCAUGGAAAGAAAUUCAAUGCAAUCUAAAGUAUCAUGAGAAGUCGCAGAAUAGGCCUGAUCUUUUAGCUAGAGUUUUUAGAGCUAAAUUUGAAAUGAUUAAACAUGAACUCUUGAAUAGGCAGAUUUUUGGUGAGGUGGAAGCAAGCAUCUAUGUCAUUGAGUUUCAAAAACAGGGAUUUUCACAUGUUCAGUUGUUACUCAUUUAA